AUGGACUUUGAUUGUUUGGAAUUUGUAAAUAAGAUUGCUACAAUAGAAUCAAAUGGAGACACUUUGGAUCAUUUACCACGUCUGAUAACUUUGGCGUGUCAAAAAAAUCAAGAACAGCAAGUGUAUCAAAGACUCAAUGAACUAGGCAACAAGAAUGCGAUCCGUGUCGAACAGCUAUGCGCCGAAAAUAAUCAGGAUUUUAGUAAAUCUGUUUAUCAGUUAUCCGUAGUGAGAAAUGAACUUCAUAGUUUGCGUUCUCAUAUUGCAGACCUUAAUACUGAUAUUCAAGCCAGCGGUAAGGAUUUAAAAAAUAUGAAACAACAAUUGAAUUCGUUAAAGGAUUCUGAACGCCGACUCUUUUUAUAUCAGGACCUGACUCAGAGCUGUCUUCAAAUAUUCUACAAGUUGAAAGAUGCUCAAGAGUUGUUGUCCAAAAAGCAAUAUUUAUCAUCUUUGAGGAUAUGCUCCGAAGUUCAAAAGAUAUAUUUAAAACGGAUUGAAGGACUUACAAUACACACUCUCGUUCAACAAAUGAUUUCUAAAAUGCAAAAUUCCGUUUGUUCUUCGGCAUUAGAGGAUCUUCAUGAAUGGCUUUUUGCUUUAAGAAAAAAGUUACCACUUGUAGGAGAAAUCUGCUUUAAAGAAAUUGAUGAGGCUCGAAGGAGAUGGGCAAAAAAUUACCGGGAAGAUUUGAUCAAUCUUACUACGAGAACCCCUUUCUCGCUGGAUUUAGCAAUUCUGGAAUAUGUGGAUUUUGAUCCUCUCGACAAUGAUUUAGUAAAGGUUGACUUCAAUUCCCUUUAUGUUUGUGUACAGGUUCACUCGUACCUAGGCAUUUUAAGCUCAUUUCAGGCGUCAUUCGAGAAGGAUCGCAAACGCCAACAAGAAUUCUUAGCUCCAAAAAGUUUGGAGUCUAUCAAUUUGGAAGUUAUUGGUGAGUGGUUGAAAUCAGUUGCCGGAUAUAUGAUAGUCGAAUACUAUAUUCUGCAGGAAAUUCCCAAUUUUCGGUCUUACGAAGAAGUACAAAAUAUAUGGGCUAUUAUCUGUGAUAAAUUAAUCGAAAGCAUAUUACGAGUGGCAUUUUCAGAACAAAGUACAACAGCAAUUAUAAAGAUGAAAAACAAUAUUGUCUUAUUAAUGCACACGAUGGAACGUUUUGGUUUUGCUACACAAAGUUUGCAUAGCCUUUCGGUGGAAUUGAUAGACGCUUUCGGAGGAGCACUGAUGUUUAAGCACCUUGCGUCUUUUGAGGAAGCCUUUGAGACAGAUUUAUACGCUCCAAUGGUAAUUAAUAACGAAAAAGAGUAUGAUGAGCUGAUUGCUCCUUACUGGACAUUACCACCUGCCCCUUUACCUCGUAUGGUAGAAUUUUCCAAGAUGUGCUCUCUAUGUUGUAUAACACUUUCAAAAUUUACUCGACACUUUUUUAUGUUUUCCAAUGAUUCUAUAACGCUAGCGUUAGAUGUUCAAGAAAAGAUCCCAAGGUUUUACAGAAGAUUUAUUUUGCACAGUUUGCUUGAAAAACUGAAGCAUCUUUAUCCAAAACUAAAUUUAUCACAGAUGGCUCAGUUGGUAAAAAAUUUCUACGCUUUUGAGGAACCGUUGUUGCAAAUGGAGAAGACUUUAAUAAUCAGUAAAUCUACUUCGCAUGCUGGGAAUGAAAAUGUCAAUGUAAACAUCAAGUCUUCCGAUAUAUUGGAAGGUUUAGCAAACGCACGCAAAUCUGCCUUACACGAAAUUUUCGUUAAAAUUAAUCAUAAGAUUGAUGACUUUAUCGGUUUGGCAGAAUACGAUUGGUCCACUACAGUGGCUCGUACUGCUCCAAGUGGAUUUUUGCAGGAAAUGGUUCCGUACCUACAAACUAUUUACCUCGAUUCACUAGCAGGUCUUCCUAACCAUGACAAAUCUUACGUGUAUUUAGAAACGUUAGACCACUUGUGUACUGCAAUGAUUGAUUUACUCUCAAACCCUGCGAUUCGUAGAGUCUCAAGUGCAGCAGCAGAAGGAUUCAAAGUUGAUGUCGAAUAUUUGGAAAGCUUCGCUUCCCAGGUACCGGAUCAAAGUAUUGUGAAUGCAGAUAGCUUUAUUGAGCUAAGGCAAUGUGCCAACUUACUGUUGGGAGAUAAUAUUGAAGAUUAUAUGGAUACUGACAAGUUCAAUCGUGACUUCAAUCGUUUGCAUCCAUCGACUUCCGUGAAGUUAUUAGAGAGACUCAUUAGCGGUUAUUCUGCCAACCCUUUAAGUAAUGACCGCCCAAAGCGUCGCGCUAUAGAGAACUUGCUUACUGUGUUUCGACGAAAAACAAAUUGA